AUGCAAUGGAACGAACGUGUUCUUUUUACUGUUGAUUAUCCUCAACUCUAUUCUUUAUCAUUUAUUAAUUUUCAUGAAGACAUAUUUUUUCAAUAUUUGACAGGUCACUCAAUUCUUCAGGAUCUUCUUACUCGACAAAUUAUUCAUCUUAGUAUCGAUAUUCUGAAUGAACCAAUAUCAAAACCAUCUGAAACUCUAUCAAAUAUAUUUGUUUUGAUUUUAUGUUUAUGUAAACGAUUAAUUAGUUUGAAUUUUUGCCAAUUAUUUUAUGAUCGGAAAGUACCAAUUCGCCUUUAUGACCGAUCAUCAACAAGUUGCAUAUCUUCAACUUUAACGAAGUUAAAAAUUAGUGUUACAAUUUUUGCUGAUUGUCUUUAUCUUCUUGAUGGACGUCUUGACUGUUUAACAACAUUGAUCAUUGACGUGAAAGAAAUUUGUCGUGAAUUAUCAAACGAAGUUAACGUGAAAGAACUUCCUAAAUUGAAAUGUUUUUCAUUGACUUCAGUUGAAUGCACAUUUAAGUAUGAUGAUCAAAUUAUUCCAUUACUUCGUCGAAUGACAAAUCUUGAAGAAUUAAUGUUAUUUUUGAUAGUAUUAAGAAAGCAUUCUACUUUUAUUGAUGGUAUUCUAUUACAUGCUCAAAUUCUUAUUUAUAUGCAACGACUAAACAAAUUUAGUUUCAGUAUCAUCAGUGAUGUUCUGAACAUGAAUAUUAGAAUUAUUCUUCCAACAAAUGAAGACAUUCGACGUAGUUUCAUGGAAAAAGAAUAUAAUCAAGUUGAUUCAUAUGUUCAUACUAGAGCCAUGGACAGCGUUGGUAGAUGUCAUAUUUAUUCACUUCCAUAUCAAUUCGAAAAUUUCCUUUAUCUCAACAACUCUUUUCAAGGUGGAAAGUUUGAUAAAGUUCGAUGCUUGGAAAUGAAUGAUUCACGUCCUUUUGAAUAUGAUUUUUUCAAGCGUAUCUCUGAAGAUUUUCCUUUUCUCAAAGAGUUACGUAUAUGGAAUAUUCAACCACAAAAAGAAAAGCAACAUUUGACAACAUUAAUUGUAUUUCCUCAUCUUAUGCUUCUCAAUUUGGUCAAAGCACAUGUGGACUAUGCUGAGCAACUUCUGUUCCAUAAAAACACUUAUUUACCUUGCUUGUUGGAUCUUUGCAUCAAUUACAAAUCACUUGCUAUGGUAACGAACAAUUUUACCAAUGAUGCCGCACGUUUUACUUGCGCCAAAUUAAAAAGACUUCGUAUAGAUUAUGCAUUUGUUCGACCAUCAAAUUUUAAUCAGUAUUUUCCUUUAUUAUAA